CGUCCGUCAACUCGCGGCCUAUAAUUACCUCGACCACCACCGCCGCCGCCGUAUCGGCGAUCACACUCUCGCUGCCACCGGUGAAGUCCAGGCUCGAGCAAGCGAUGCUCCGCCGCCUUCCUCCGUGCCUCCGGCGAGCGCUCCCCGCCUCCUCCUCCUCCACCUCCGCUCCUCGCCGCGGCGUUCGCCUCGCGGAGCAUGGCCAAUCCCCUCCUCAAUCCGCGCCCCCACCGCCUUCUCCGGCUACGCAGAAGGACGGCGCGGUGCGUACUCCGGGUGGCGGAUCCGCCGCCUCGUCGCUGAACCCCGCCGAGGUCGCCCAUUUCGCCUCCUUUGCUGAGACCUGGUGGGAUACUGAAGGGCCAUUCAAGCAUUUGCUUGUGAUGAAUCCAACCCGAGUGUCUUUUAUCCGGUCCAUUCUAUGUAAACAUUUCAGGCGGGAUCCAAAUUCAUCUAAACCACUUGAAGGUCUUAAAAUUAUUGAUGUUGGAUGUGCGGCUGGCAUGCUCUCGGAGCCUCUUGCUCGGAUGGGAGCUACAGUUACCGGAAUUGAUGCUGCUGACGAAAGUAUAAAGAUUGCACGCGUCCAUGCUGCAUCUGAUCCAUUGACUGCUUCCAUUGAAUAUCUCUGCACAACAGCUGAGGACUUGGUAAAAGAGAACAAACAAUUCGAUGCUGUAAUUUGUCUUGAGGUGAUUGAGCAUGUGGAUAAUCCUUCGGAGUUCUGUGGGUCUCUGUCAGCUUUGACAGUUCCUAAUGGGGCCUUUGUGAUUUCUACAAUCAACCGCUCAAUAAGAGCAUUUGCAACUAUGAUAUUUUCCACUGGAUUCCUAAAGGCACACACCAUUGGUCAAAAUUAGUUACCCCUGAUGAGCUAGUGCAAAUGCUGGAAAAAGCCUCAAUCUAUGUACAAGAAAUGGCAGGGAUUGGUUAUAAUCCAUGGCGUGGAGAUUUUUCCAUGUCAAAGGAUACUAGUGUGGAUUAUUUUGCUUAUGGCAUAAAGAAAGUUGAAACACCCUCAGUAGUGUCACAAACUCAAGCUUAGCACACUGUUAGUACAAAGGGGAAAAAAAGAGAUGAUCCUGAAUCAUCGGGAUCAGGAUAAUUCUGUUGCAAGAAAAACAUGUGCUAUUUGUAUGUUUUUGUGCGGACUACAAUCAGAUAGCAAAGUACAGUGUACGUGUGUAGUGUACACACUGUAGUGGUGUGUGCAUAUAUAUCUUCCAUGUAAUAAAACAAAUAGCAAAUUUAAAAGCUUUUUUUUUCAUAUACUAUCUGUUGAGUACUCUCUCUUUGUAUUAAAUGAAUUCUGAAGGAUUUUAGUUGAAAUUGAAUUAUUUAUUAUUA